AUGCUGCACAGAGAAGCUUUCUUUCCGUCUGCCAAGUUCUCCGACCCGGAAACUCUAGAGACUUUGGUUAAACUUGGACUUAGACAAACCUUAAGCUUUACUGGUUUGCUGGAUUGUGCUAGGUCAGUUUCUAUGUUGUAUGAUUCAAGGAACUCAGAAGCAAUCAUAUAUGGGAGGAGGUUACUCGGUUGUUUAGAUGUAGUGGCAUUGAAGCUCUCAUCUGUGGUCGGUGAAGACAAUUUUAAUGAAUCUAGAACUACUAAACAAUAUCAGGAUGCCAGUGUAGUUAAUGAUGAAGACGACAAGAACUCUGCACAUGGUUCUGAGAGCUGCUUUAAGUAUGGUCUAGACAUUAAUUCAUUAGUGGGAAGCUUCAUUAAUGUUGAGCCAGGAGAAGAUUUUUGGUCCGAAUUGAAAACCAUCAGUUGGUGUCCCGUUUAUGCUGAUCCUCCUGUCCAAGGCCUUCCAUGGCAAGAAACAGGUUAUGAAAUAGCUGCUCCAGUAAUUACGAGGCCCAAAUCACAGUUGUGGAUGGUUUCAUCUAAGAUGAACAUACUGGAUAGUGAAUGUUACUCAACGUACCUACAGUGUAAAUUGGGUUGGAUGGAUCGACUAGAUAUUGAUAUUUUGUCAACACAAUUGAUUGGGCUAUCAAAGUCCUAUGCUCAGCUCAAGUUGCAUCCUGUGGUAGAACCUGAUUUUGAUGCUGCCUUGCAGAAGCAGAUCCCAUCACUUUAUUCACAAUUGGAAGAAUAUGUUGGUACUGAUGAUAUCUUUGUCCUUAAAUCUGCCUUGAAUGGUGUUAACUGGGUCUGGAUUGGAGAUGAUUUUGUAUCUCCAAAUGCACUUGCAUUUGAUUCACCGGUGAAAUUUAGUCCCUACUUGUAUGUUGUACCAUCUGAGUUAUCUGAGUUCAGAGAUUUGCUUUUGGCACUAGGUGUUAGACUUAGUUUUGAUGUUUUCGACUACUUCCAUGUUCUGCAGCGCUUGCAAAAUGAUGUGAAAGGGUCCCCACUUUCAACUGAUCAGUUGAGUUUUGUCCUUUGUGUCCUAGAAGCUGUUGCAGACUGUGACUCAGAUAGGCUAAUGCUUGAGGCUUCUAAUAAGCAAUUAUUGGUUCCAGAUUCUUUUGGAGUUCUUACGUGUGCAGGGGAUCUUGUGUAUAAUGAUGCACCAUGGAUGGAGAACAACACUGUUGUGGGUAAACGUGAUAUGCAUUCAAGUAUUAGCCAUGAUCUGGCAAACAGACUGGGGAUUCAAUCAAUACGUUGCCUCUCUUUAGUCAGUGAAGAAAUGACAAAAGAUUUACCUUGCAUGGAAUAUGCUAGAAUAUGUGAGCUGUUGGAAAUGUAUGGGAACAAUGACUUCUUGUUGUUUGAUCUUCUUGAGUUGGCAGAUUGCUGCAAAGCCAAAAAACUUCACCUGAUCUUGGACAAGAGGGAACACCCUCGUCAGUCUUUGCUGCAGCACAAUCUGG